UAUACACUUUAAAAGUUUUAGUUGGAUUUUCUUUACAAUCUGAAUUAUUGAUCGGAAUAAAGACUGUUACGUGAAUUUGAACUUAUUGCAUAAUUAAUCUAUUUUGUCUUUAAUUGGAUGUGUAUUUAUAUGUCUUUUUAAAUUCAGUGGGUUUUGGAGAUUUAAGUUUUUAAUAUAACUUAUUUCUUAUCGCCAGCAGAUGUGAAGGACAGUCAUUAUUGUGAACUAUAAAGGAUGACCUCAUCUCCAUCAACUCUUUUCAUUCCCAUCAACUCUCUAUACAGUCAUCAUAAGGAUUAGCACAGAUGAGUACAGAAUGUCUGGUUGGAAUAGCCUUUCGGGAUACCUCCAAUUUCGACCUGGAGGAGGUGGUCUAAGUAUUUUGAAAACAAAGCGUAAAGUUUGGUGUGUCCUUGAUGAAGGUCAAUGUAAAUUAGUUUAUUACAAGAACGAGGAGGAACUGCGACACAACAAAACACCAAUCGGCAGUAUUAACAUUAAAGGAGCUGGGAUAUCUCUGGAUUUAGAUACACACAACCAGUUUAUUAUCUUAUCUGAUGGAAAAGAAUAUAUCUUCACUGCAGAGAACCAUGAAAGUCUUAUGAUAUGGUUGAUUGGACUACAGGCAAAGCGUGAAACCUAUAUUAAAGAUCAAGAUAAAGUCGUAUUAGCCCCAGAAGGCAAAUCACACUGUAGCAAGAGAAUAGUAGAUAGUUGUGAGUCUAACAUACCGAUGGGUGUUACAAGAAGGAAAGUGAAUUGGCAGACAUAUAAAAACCAGAGGAUAGCUGAAUCUCUCGACUCUGCCCUCUACAGAACAAAAAACCAUCAAGAAGCAAGUAGAUCUAGGUCACUGCCACCUGUUUUUGAAGCAAUGGAAGCACCUAAGCUAUCAUCUGCCCAUACAACCUUGUGUUUGAGCAGAAGUUAUGAUGUUCCAAGAAAAUACACAAUAGCAGGACUAGAAAAUUUAUCUCGUUCCUUCCGAGACCAAGGUAACAAGAGGUUUUUGAGGCGUGAGUCUAGCAGCGGAGAUAGUGACGAGGUGUUUGACUUGUCAGAACAAAGUGAUGAUAGACAUUAUCUGGCGUACUUACAAAAACUAGACACAAUUGAUUCCGCUAGUGACAGCUCACCAACAAUUGAUCCUGUCGAAAGGAAAGAAGUAGGCAGUUGCAGUUCAUUGUCCAGUGAUUCAGCCAUAGAUAGAGGAGAUGCAAGCUCAGCGGAACUGGCCGGACGCUUACAGGACUUGGAGAAAGAACUCAUAUCAACAAAAUGUGAGCUUGCCAAGGUAAUGAACAGACAGUCCAGUUACCAAGAGUUACUGGUUCAGAGAGAAGAUGCAAUUAGAUUCUUAGAGGGAAGAUUAGAUACUUCUUCAGUCAGUGAACUUGCUAAAACAGGGUCUGGCAAGUCAUCAUCAAAGAAUGACAAAGAUUUACAAGAGCGAUUGAGAGUGCUGCAGAAUCAGAAUAAGUUCCUAAAUGAAGAAGUGAAAAAAUUAGCCAAAUUACGAGAGACAGAUCGUAACAGUUUUUAUCAACAAGAGGAAAAAAUAAGAACAUUAGAGGCAGAAAUAGAGAAAUGGAAACUGGAUUAUGUGCUCCUGAUACAGUCCAGUAUUCGGUUCCCUACAGGGGAUAGUGUGGAGGACGCAGAACUCAUUCUCUUUGGAGGAGAUAGGCACAAAAUUAGGAUAAAGAGGUUACUUGAAGAAGCAAGAAGGAUUAAUCCAGGGCUGCCAACUUAUGAAAGUUUGAAUAAUCAGGAAGUCCAUGUAGAUAGUUAUGGAUUCCGACAUAAGUUUGAGGACCAGAGCCUGCUACUGCAUUACCUGUGUCAGGAACUGGCCCAACAUUAUCUGUCGCAGGCUGGAACAUAUGAGGAACAUCAGAAACGAUGGACACAUUUCAUGAGACAACAUGGCAAAUCAAUUGCUAGUCAUCCAAAAGAGUUAAAACCAUUGUGUAGAGGAGGAAUCCCAGACAGAUUUAGAAAACAAGUAUGGAGACAGCUGGUACAUUUCAAAUGUAGAGAUAUCAUGGAAGAGAAAGGACCACAUUACUUCAGGAAUUUGUGUAGUCACUUGCCUGAUUCACCUUUGGCCUCUCAGUACAGAAAACAGAUAUCAUUAGAUCUGAUGAGAACUAUGCCAAGCAACAUCAAAUUCUCAGCUCCAGGCUCAAAAGGAAUAAUGGACUUACAAGAUGUACUGCUAGCUUACUGCUGCCACAAUCCAACCAUUGGCUAUUGUCAAGGAAUGAACUUUAUAGUUGGUAUGGCAUUGUUGUUUAUGGAUGCACAAGACGCCUUCUGGACUUUAGUGGCUGUUGCUGAGAAGUUCUUUUCCAAUCAUUACUUUGACCAGAAUCUCAUUGGUGCUCAGGCAGACCAACAAGUGCUGAAAGAUCUACUGGCUCACAGACUACCCCAACUUUAUAGACAUCUAGAGGCAAUUGAUAUAGAGCUAUCAACAGUCACACUAAACUGGUUCCUUGCCAUAUUCUUUGAUGCUGUUCCUUUUAUGACAUUACUGAGAGUUUGGGAUUGCUUUUUGAUGGAGGGACCAAAAGUGCUGUUUCGAUUUUCGAUGGCAAUUUUGAAGAUUCAUGAAAAGGACAUUAUCCAGCGAUCAGAUACCAUCAGUGUAAUGAGACACGUGAAGGCCAGCGCCAAACUUUCCUUUGAUGUAGAAGGUUUGGUUAAGGUGGCUUUUGAAGGGCAAUUUACAAAGAGAAAUAUAAUAUGUACAAAACAAACAUGUUAUUUGAAUACACUGAAGGAGAAAUAUAAAAAGAAAGAGCUACAGAGGCUUGCCUUUACUGAGCGGGAACAUCUGUAUAUGCAAAUGGAAGCAGAAUCAGGCAAUUUUAUGGCAAUAGGUACAGCAGUUGUCUUUGAUGAAGGUAAAGUAUGGUAUUGCUAUGGUGACCAGCAUAUCGGAAAGGUCUGUAAAGUCACAUGUGAAGAAGGACUGAUGUUUGAUAUGCCUGUACAGUUUGACACCAGAAUAAUGUGUAUGUGCAGAGUUAAUGCUAAUGUGGUCUUGGUUGGUACACUGUCAUGGGUUAUCUAUGCUUACAGUGCAGUUACAAGAGAAUGUUUAUGGAGUUUACGUCUGAACGAUGCCAUCUUGUCACUGUGUGUUUACUCUGAUGAUGAUUCACCAAACAUUAGGAUUUUUGCAGGGUUAGCAGACGGAACAUGUGCAGUUUUGGAGCAACAAAGUAUAGAGAAGCCAGCUCCAGGAAAUGAUGUUAUGUAUAUUUCCAUUGGUCAAGCACCUGUAGCUUGUCUUCUGCUAUUGGAUGAAAUGUUGUGGUGCGCCAGUGGUAACACAGUUUACAUUAUACAUGCAAGAACCCUUGAUGGAAUGGACAAUUUUAACGUAUCUGUUAAUCCAUAUGAUCAUAUCCUUGCCAUGGUGUCAAGUGAAUACGGGAUCUGGAUUACAUUGAGAGGGUCGUCUAUCCUGGAACUGUGGGAUCCAAGAUCGCUACACUGUAAAAUGUUGUAUGAUACCAGAACAGACAGAUAUCCACAACUCAGAAAGGAGGAUGACACUUACUUUAACAGAUCACGGAUUACAGCUGUUAUGGAUAUGGGACAUUCUGUUUGGAUUGGUACAGGGGAGGGAAAUAUGAUGGUAUACGAAGUAGCAGAACACAUAAACUUUAAAACUCCUACCACAGAUAUGUCUCCAUCAAUAGACACACCGUCAAGCCGAUCAGGGAAAUUAUUUCUAUCUCCUAGUCCCAGAAAUGGUAGUUCUUUAAGUUCAAGGGGCAGGAGACGGAAAGACAGAGAAAGGAGUAGAAGUAAAAGUCCACGGGAAAGUAUAGCAAAACCAUCUUUCUCAUUAGGAGUUGAGGAAAAUACGGGAAAAUGUAUAGAUAAAGUAGAUAAAAAGCCACUCAAGAGAAGUCUGUCUAGUGAAAUUUCUAUUUCUCAAUUACAAGUUAAGUCUUUGGAAGUUUCAAACCUUGCUUCUGAUACCAAUUCAACGGGAUCUGUGACCCCUAAAAAUAUUUCUCCUCGUUUAAAACAUCUAGAAAAGAAACCAGCUAUUGAAAGAAAUAUCUUAGAAGAACGAGACAGUUCAACAGAAAGUUAUGAGAAAGAGAGACGAGAUAGUCAUGAUAGUGUGAUAGAGGUUCGUAAAACUGUAGAAAAUGAUGAAAAAGAGGCUGAUCAACCAGUGAAUGAAAGUGAAGAGAAAGAAAAAAUAGUUAAGGGACUAUCUUUUGAUUCUGAAGAAGGAGAUUUGAAAAUGGAUGGAAAUGUUGAAGAAAAUCAACCUCAAGAAAUAAGCCAUGAUGGUAAUCUACAAAAUCGACCUACUGACCUAAAGUUGAAGGUCAAUAAUAGAAAGAACUGGUUAUCAUCAAACAAAGCUAAAGGUCAAAACUUUAUUGAUGAACUUGAUAUUGCACUUACACAGUUAAAUGGUGUUAUAGACAAGGCUAAGUCAAGAAAUGGAUGUGUGUCCUCAGGUCAAAAGGUCAUUGGAAAAGAUGAUGUGGUGCAGACAGACAAAAAGGAUGAACUAAAUGAAACAGAGGAAAUGAAAAUAACACAGAAAGGCAGUGAAGAAAACACACAAAAAUAUGCUAAUGAAAAAGGAUAUCUUGAAUGCAAUGGUGAAUCUAAUUUGGAAGAAAAUGUCGCUUUGGAAAAGAAAACUUUGUGCAAUUUUGAAGAAAUAUCUCGACAUCACAAAGUCAACACAUGGCUCAGUUCACUUGAAGAGACAGAAAAGUUGGGAGAGUCUAAUUCUGAACAGGGGGCAGAGCAAGAUAAUAACAGUUUGAAUGAAAGUGGUUUUUCUGAUUCAAGUAUAGCACAAGAUUCAGACAAUAUGAAAUCUGAGAGUUCUAAUGAUAAAUCAGACAAAAAGAUUGAACAUGAUGCAGUGAAAACUUCCCCUGAAAAAACAAAGGAUUCUGUGGACAAAUUGGCACUAACAAAGAAAAACAGCGUUCAGUCAGAUAACAGUAGUUGUAAAAAUAGUGACAGUUCUUCCCCUCGGAGAAAGUCAGUUAACUCAGAUGAAAGUUUUAAUAACAGGGGUUCUAGGUUACGUACAAAGAGACUCUCUGAGAGAAUGAUUGCAUACAAUCAUCGACAGAAGACAAUGGAGAGGAUAGAAUCUGUCGACAGUGAAAUGGCGGCUGCAGCUGCUAAAAUAGGGUCACAUGACCCAGAAGUUCAGUAUAGACUUGACUUUUCUGGAAUGUACAUAGAAACUGAUUCUGAAAUGGAUGGGGCUAGACAGUCAAGGUCAGAUUCAAUAAGUGAUUUAAGUCUGUUAGAAUCUCGUAGACAAAGUGGAAUGGAUGAACCAUUCACGCCCGCAAUGGAUAAAGUAUUUAUGAUGGAAUUGAACAAAUUAGAUAAUUGGACAAUUGCUAGUGCUAGCGCUAGUGCAAGUGCUAGUAAUUCAGCCGUCACCACUCCGGCAGAUACAAAAAUGUUAGAACUAAUGCAGACACCAAGUCUGAUGAGCAGACACAUAUCGGUAAAUAAAGUAGCUCGUGAAAGGCUGGACUGGAAUGAUUUAAGUAGCAAUAAAAUUUCAAUUACAAGUGGUCGUAGCUCUAUGGAUUUCAAUAAGGUACAAGAUUUUCUACGGACCCCAAGCAUCAGCAGUAAAGCUAGCUCUGUUUGGUCGAGUUACGAUGAGAUAUCAACUCCCUCUGUUAAAGAUGAUGAAGUAGAUGCAGAUGGUUUCGGAAGACGAAUACAGACUUUAAGUGGAUUGAUUUCUCAUACAACAAGUAAUUCUUCUCUAUGUAGCAUGGUGGAUUCACUAUAUACUGUGGAUGUGACAUUGCAGGCAAAAGUUAAAAUAUCAGAUAAACCUGUGCGAAGCUUUGUCAAAACAAGGAGUUGUGGUGAGCCAUGUGUUAUAAGCUUUUCUGGUUGCUAUGGAGAUGAUGAAUCUGUUUUGAAAUGGAGAAAAGAACCAAAUGAGCGCUUGUGGACCAAUGAACCAGUUUUAGUGAUGUGUCCAAAAACCAAACAGACAAUUUUACCAUCAUAUAUGAGAGGGAGAUUCUCCAGUAUUUCAAGUGGAUCAAGUACUCAGAGUGGCUUUAGCUUUCAUAGUGCAAAUUCACAAAAUAGGACCAAUUAGUUAUAUAGGAAUUCCAUAAGUAAAAACAACAAUUGAUUCUUGUAUAUAUUUAUAGUGCUGAUAUUCAAACCAUCUUAAAAACAUUGAAUUUGAUUUGAUGACACUAAAUUUAAUUUGAUGACAUUAAAUUUGAUUUGAUGACAUUAAAUUUGAUUUGAUGACAUUAAAUUUGAUUUGAUGACAUUAAAUUUGAUUUGAUGACAUUGAAUUUAAUUAGUGACAAUGACAUUGAAUUUAACUAAAUGACCAUCAAUUUAAUUUGAUGACAGUGAAUUUAAUUUAUGACAUUGAAUUUAACUUGAUGAUAUUGAAUUUAACUUGAUGAUAUUGAAUUUAAUUUGAUGACAUUGGAUUUAAUUUGAUGACAUUGAAUUUAACUAGAUGUAAAAUAUGCUAACAUCAUAUUCCAUAAUAGUUUGUGUAAAAAUAAUCAUUUUAGAAUCUACAAAAUCUAAGCAUUUGUCUUUGUGCAAUAGAACAUGUAUUCCUAUCUGGAUUAAGGUAUUACCUUAGUAUCAUUAUUUGUAACUUGAUAGCUGCUCAUAAUUCUUGGGCAUUCUGAAAUAUGUCUCAAAAACAUGAUUUGUAUGAUGGCAUUGCAAUUGAAGAAAUUUAUAUCUACAAAAUGUGUUUGUGUAUUGAGGGUUUCAUGCAUGAUUGACAGAAUUGUAUUCACAAUAUGUUGUUUAGAUAAGGUUAGAGAAUUGCAAUAAACUGUGCAAUUAUAUUUUAUAUAUCAAUAUAUUGUAUUAUAUACUUUGACAUUCCAGUAUAUUAGAAAAUUUUAAAUAUUAUUAAAAAAGUCUUCCAUAUAUAUUAUUAUAUAAUUGAUGUCUUCCAGUUCAGUAUAUGCACGAUUAAUAAUUUUAUUGAAUAAUAAGGUUGUUUUCUGUAAAUUUUGAAUGAUCUGUGCAAUUGUUAUAGAUGUCUGAUGAAAAUGAUAAGAUGCAUUAUAGUGUUAAUAGUUUUGUAAAAUUUAUGUCUCAAAAUAUUUUUAUUAUAUAGGAGUACCAUGUAUGAUAUACAUUUAUAAUCUACUUCUAAUUAAAUUGAAAUAAGUCUUUGGAAAUUGGAAAAGUCAUAGCAUUUAUGAUGUUUUUGCAACAACAUUUAUUUCACAGUUUUGACUUGAUAUUUUCAUGUAAUUUACUAUUGAAAUAAGUUAUUGACAAACUUUGUAUGUUAAUAAUUUCAAUUUUGUACAUGUAUUAUGAGCUCUUUAUGAAAAACUGUCAUUUGAUGAACGGAUAGAUUGUUAAACAUGCACGUAUAUGUAAUUAUUGUAAAAAGAUUUGGUGAGGGGAUGUUUAAACUUGCCGGAACAUUUUGCAAUAAUUUAUGUACAGAGAAAUGUGUAUUUAUGUGAUGUCUUGUGAAAAUCUAGAAUAUUUAGUAUAUUUUUUUAAAUCUUGUUCCUUCAAAAUUCUGUUUGAAUCUUCAAAAAUAAGCAAUUUUUGUAAUGUGUUUGUUUAAAGUCAAAGCUGAUGAACAAAAUUAAACCAGAUUGAAAUUGUUUGUAUUUUAAAGUACAGCUGAUAGAAAACUUUUUUACUUGGACAAAAACAUCACUAAAAAUGUGACGGUCACUAUUUGUCAAUAUUACAAAAAUAAAUAAUUUAAGAUAAUAAAUAUCAAUUCAUUUGAAGACUUAGGGGGAGAGUUGUCUGGUUGGCACUCAUACCACAUCUUCGUUCCUAUUAGGGGGAUUAAAUCUCAAUAAACUGUGCCUUCAAAUGUGUAUGUAUAUAUAAAUAUUAUAUAAAGUUUGAUACUGUUUUUAGAUAUGUUGCAAUAUUUCUAGUCAUUCUCAUUUUUGUAAAUAGAAAACAAUUAUUGGAAAGAUCCAGUUGUUUGGUUGUUUGUUAUUUCUUGUAUGUAAGAAUGGGAAAGAAGCAAAAGUUAAAACAAAAAAUGUUAUUUUAGCCCUGUUGUUAAAAAACUGUUGGGAAAGUUUUACUACUUGCAUUGUAACAAAUUCAGAAAUAUUUUUUGUUUUUAUUUAUGAGUUGCUUGAUUUAAAGGUAAGAAAAAACUCUUCGGAUUAAAAUAGAGCCUUCAAAUUAUAAGGCUGGUUGCUGAAGAAGUCAAAUGGUCACCUUCCAAUAGGUCAUAUUUUCCAUGUUAAAUAAAAACUUCAUGAACUUUGUCCUUAUAGCUAGCCUACAUUUAUCUUUUAAAAAAAUCAAUUUUUUUAUUUAAGUUUGGAA